AUGGAACGAACGCAAGCGCAGCCUUCAUCCUCCAAUCUUAAAAGCUCCCCUGAGCAAAGCUCUCCACCCGCUCCAGCCGUAUGUCUCACGAACGCAGACGAGGCCCCAAAUCCUGUGGCGUCUCUGUCAGAGGAGGACAAUGUUUCAGAAACGGAGCAUUCAGCAGUCCUCUCAAGGAAGGAAGAACACGCCCAUGGGGUCCAAGAAAUGGAACGUCUCGUCGACGCGGGUGGUCAGAGAUGGGAAGACUGGACAGUUCUCCAAGGGUUGCUACCACCUCGUCGAAGUCUUGCCGACCACUUCGCUGAGGCCCUGAUCCAUAAGGCGAUCAUGGAAAAUGUUUUCUCAAACUCGUUUCAGUAUCUUGAUGGGAAAACAAGUUCUACGGAUCAAGCCGAAGACAAACGCUUUGCCUCGAAGCUUCAGUACCUUUACGAACGGUUCUUCGAUACAUACCCAAAUGUCGCAACGCUAUGGAAAGAGCAAACCCAUCGACUGGCCAACUCAACAGACCCUGUCAAAGCACCAGGCGACCUGAGCUUUGGGCGGGACAAUGCCAAGCGUCUUCUAGCCUGCGCGCCAUGCCUGGCUGAUGAGAUGCUGGCCAGUGAGCCAAUCGGUCUACUCCUGAAAAAGCGCCUGGGCCGGAAUCAGGUGGCUAAGCGGAGAAAAGAGCUUAUUGAGAUCUUUGAAGCUUCCCUAGGUCUCAUGAAGGAUUGUGAAACGCGGGUGGGGGGUCACUUCAAGAUAAAGCGAUUGUCGGAGCUAGGACCGUUGUACCAAUGCGGUAGCUCCUACAUGAUCUUUCACCUCUCCAAUGGUGAUAUUGUAGAUGAGAUGGACUUUGAGGGUCGUAAAAUACUGCUGGUCGCACGGCCAACUAUCAUGUACACUGAUAUUGCACCCAGCGGGCCGAAUCCCUCCUGCAAGUCCGUGGCCGCUAUUAUUUCUAAGGCUAGUGUUGUGCUGGAUAAAGGGGAUGAGGCCAAGAAAAGUACCACAGCCAAAAGAAGGAUCAUCAUGCGAGCUACAUGUUUUGAGGAUGGGGACGUCUAUGUCAACACGUCGGAGAUGUUCUGA